AUGCAUAUCGAGUCGAUACCCAUGUGGACCGGUACCGGUAACAAUUAUGCAUAUCUCAUCUCGGAUGAUGCAUCCAAAGAUGCCAUGGUGGUAGAUCCGGCACAUCCACCAGAGGUGGUUCCAGUUCUCGCAUCCCACAUCAAUGAUGGGAAGAUUAAUCUAAAAGCAAUCAUAAACACUCACCACCACCAUGAUCAUGCUGGCGGGAACGAAGGGAUUCUCAAGCAAUUUGGCAAGCUUUCGGUGAUUGGCGGGAAAGACUGUGCCCAUGUCACCCAAACCCCCGGGCACGGCGAGAAGUUCAAGAUUGGGGAGCGGAUCACUGUUACCGCUUUACACACCCCUUGUCAUACCCAAGACAGCAUUUGCUAUUUUGCCGAAGAUGGGAACGAGCGUGUCGUUUUUACCGGCGAUACGCUAUUCAUUGGGGGAUGCGGAAGAUUCUUUGAAGGUAAUGCAAUGGAAAUGCACAAGGCACUCAAUGAAGUGCUUGCUUCACUCCCAGGCGAUACCAGAGUAUAUCCUGGACAUGAAUAUACCAAGUCAAAUGUGAAAUUCUGCUCCACGGUUUCCCAGUCGGAAGCUGUUAAGAAGCUGGAGGAGUUUGCCAAUAACAACCAGCAAACCCAAGGAAAAUUCACUAUCGGUGAUGAGAAGCUCCAUAACGUCUUUAUGCGUGUCACGGACCCUGAAAUCCAAAAGGCAGUAGGGGCAACUGAACCGGUCGAGGUCAUGAACCGUUUACGAGAGAUGAAGAACAAGAUGUAG